CUCGACCGAAACGGCAGAGAGUUUUUGGAUUUUCCGCGAGUCUCUGCCACCUUCACUGCCAUGUCAGAGGUCGUCACUUCUAUCCUUUGCCCACGCCGCAAUGUCCAGCACUGCAACGGCGAAAGAGCACUCGAACGCAGUCCUCUCGACAUGCAUGCGGCACGCAGCCCGCGUAGGAAUGUGCGAACAAAGGGAAACGUUCUCGAAAGAAAAUCUUCCUUUCUCGUGGACACACAUGCGCAUGCACUUCCGCUACUCAGAUCUCAACGGUGUGUAAAUCUCUGUUUUCGCGCCGGAGAGGUUUUCCCGACAGUUUGCAUUACCGUUCAGCACCCGUGUCGGGUCUGGUCUGUGUCCAGCUGCACGCGUUCGCAGCUAAAGAGUGUUUUGUGCCUUUUUGAGAAGCUGGAAAAGACAUGAAGUUCGCUGCGGGGGCUGGCGCGGACGCUGGGCGACUGCGGGGGAAGGAAGGGAAGUGAGUUUUCCCCCGAAGUUGUACUCGGUCGGUAUGCAACUCUGCCCGUUUUUCUCGAUGUUUCUUGGAUCUUUUGGUGGAAGUAAAUACCCCUCGCAGGCGUAAAGCAGGUCGCCUGAGAGGGUAGUCUCGGCUCCGCUUGGGUCUAUGGCAACUUCGACCUCUUUUCACGCUCGAGGCUCUCCACACGAGACAGAUCUGGAGGCCUUGUUUCAUUUCCGAAACAAUGUCGUGGCAUUCGAGACUGACGGAACGGACAUAGAUCAGAUCCGGAUGACUGUUGACGAAACACUUUCGCCUCUGUAAGCCAGUACUGGUGAUAACAUAUAGCGUUUAUAUAUAAGGUUGUCUAUGUAUACGGUCUACUAUGUAUGUUACAUACAUACGCGUAUGCAUGCGUUGUAACGGGUGAAUUUCUUCGCCUUAGCCGUAGCGACAGGGUAGGCAGGCCCCCCCAAAAAAUACUUGCGUAUCGAUCGACUUGGACUCCCGUUCGAUCUGUGUCUCUUCUCUCCAACGUCGAGGAUUUUUCUGCGUGAGCCUUCUUGCGUGCGUUUUCGGCUGUGCCGUUGCGCGCGCUUCUUCUCUCGUCUUUUUUCUCCCUUCCUUCGACCUCUACUUCCUGUCCUUCUUCUCCGUUCUCUCCCCCUGUUCGGCGUCUCUCGCUCCUCCCCGCGUUUUUUUUCUGUCGGAUCUUUCCUUGCCGUCUUCGCCGUUUCCUCCAGUUCUUCCUGUCCUCGUCUUCGCCGCCGCUCUCCCUGCACCGCAUGCCUCCUCUGUUUUUCGUCGUUGCCGGACGCCUCUCCUCUUCUUUCUUCUAGACUGUUUUUCCUGAAACGCAAUGUUCUUCACGUCGCCGGUGCUGCUGCGGAGUCGCAGCAAGCGGCUGUUCGUACAGCUGAAGAGCGCAGCCAUGACGAACUUCUGCUACGUGACCAGGAAGUCUCCUGAGAAAAAGAAUUUCCGCAUCGCUCUCCGAAAAUACGACCCCGGAGUCAACAAGCAUGUGAUGUUUUAUGAGGCCCGACUUCCGUCUGAAAAGAACAAGAAGCAAAUAACUCUUUCCCUGCAACGGUACAUUCGCUGGACAGGAAAACAAGUGAAACUUCUUCUGGAUAAAGUUGAGAAAGCAUGGGAGUAUGGCCGUUUUCAAAAGUACUUUGACAACCAAGCCCCCCUCCUCACGGAUCGACGUGGAAGGGCUGUUCCUCGGUACAAAUGAAGCAUAGUGACAAGGCGCCUCCUGGGCGUUUCAGUCUCGAGUUCGCCGCGAGGGUCGCGUGAUACUCUUUUUCAGCUUCCGUGCAUGUUCUCCGGAAACAACAGGUGCAGGUUUCGCUUCUCUUUCUUGCUUUGACUCGGCGUUUCUGUCGAGGCUUUUGCGCGGCACAGAGAACAAAUGCUGAACGAAAGCAUAAGACCCCUCCAAGUUCUAUAGCGCUAGCACACGAACAUCGUAGGUGUUGUGGUGUCGCUGUUUACUCGAUUGCAGUUGUACAGUUCUGGAUCGACCCAGGCAAAUGUUUCUCUGAAAACACGCUGUCUUCUUCGCUGCAGAGACUCUAGAGUUUUAGAA